UUCCCCCUCUUUGUACUGCGUUCCUACUGCUGUCUUUUGUAAUCCAUCCAUGCGGUCGCACCAGGGCGAUUAACGGGAAAAAAAACCUCUUUUCUCUUAAUGUUUCAAAGCUCAUUAGCCAAACGAUUAUUCCUCAUUAACAGCGAAAGCUCAUUCAUUAAAAGAAAAAAUAUGCCCAAAAGAUGCCAGCGCUGUUAAUCCUGAGCCCUGUAGCUGGGCUGUAAAUCCCAUGCUAGUAUUUUCCAUGAAGAAGGGAAGUGCGCCAAUCCACAAAAAAAAAAAAAACACCAAGCAAAAAGAAAACAUUUUGUGUGUUUUGUAAAAUCCGCAAGAGAGGCAAUUAAUAUUCCCGUUGUAUGACUUUAUUUUUUGUCUCUCCCUUUUGUCUCCAGUGCCCUUCCCUGGCUCAGCGCCCGGUGCCAACAGAACACCUUGCAGGAUCCUCAGCAGCGCAGACAACGUAAGUAGCCAGCUGUCCCUUGACGCCCUCGUCCAGAAGCCCUGCGCCCUCCAGACCCUGCGGAGCGCCCGUGUGGCUCCUUCCCUCGCUCGCCCUCCGAGUGCCACCUGGGUUUCACAAGUAGCACCUUCCAAAUCUCUCUGUCUUCAAGUUUGUGCAUGUCUGUGUGGCAUCCCUCCUCCUCCUUCACUCCCAUAGUGGAUCUCGUGAAGGGCUUCAGAUCGGCCCCAUUCAUCUCCCUGGUGAUAGCAGUGAAUGUAGAUAAAUCUCUGCCUGCCUGCUUGCUGCUCCAGUAUGAUUUUUAUUUUGUCUUCCGUGUAUACCUAGGUCAAAAAGUGGGAUGUAUACUGACGGUGGGUGAGUGUGUGUGUGUGUCUGUGUCUGUCUCUUCCUCACUCCCUGUCAUUCUCUCUCACCAAGGCACACAAACAUACUUCUCCCUGUGUGUGUGUGUUACACGCGUGCACACAAAUAAAUAUCCACACACAGACGUGUGUGCACACACAGAGGCAAACACACACCUCCUCACCCCCCCACUCACACAGCUCCUCUGCACCGAGCCAAGGCGGUGUGUGCGUGCAUGUCUGUGUGUCCGUAUGCACUGUUCCAUGUGCGUGUGCAUACACAGGCAUCUCGCUACACCGUCAAACAUUCCCUCUCCUCCCAGCAGAGGCUGUGUGCAGCUCUGAUCCUGCCCUGUAAGAGCGGUAUUCCUUCCUCCCUUCAUUCCCUCGGCGUGCUGUUCCGAGACCUUCGUGCUCCCUCCUCGGGGUCCCUCCUGAGCUGCAGAAUUGGCACCUUUCCCUGAGGUUGUCCGAAUGGCAAAUGGCACCGGCCGGAGCUCGCAUUCUUGUAGCUUCUCAUGGCAUUUCUUCCUCCAUGUCGGCUAUUCCCUUUUGUUUGUUGUUGACUGGUCUGGGUGUGGUUGGGGUUUUUUUGGCAUUAAUUGUAAACGAACCUGAAUGGCAAAACACACCAACAGCUUGCGGGGAAAAAAAAGAAAAAAAAAAGCAAAGCCCCACACAAACGCCUUCUGCUGCGACAGAUGCCCAUGUUGCCCCUGGCAUGGAGAGCGGGCACAAGGGGUUUGUUGAUGAGGUUUUUUCAGUUGCUGUGUUUAUUGUUCCCAUUUCCCUUUUCCAUUUAUUUUUAAAGACUCCAAGAUGCCGGCCUCGGCUUGGAACGGAGCGGUGUCAUGGCGGAGACGACGGCCUUUGUCUCGCAGGGUGUGAAAGCAUCCGUUGUGCUGGCUCCACUGCGGCAGAAUGACGUCUAAAGGGGGGAAAAAGUGCUGGAAGUCCGAGUUGUGCGGUGCUGGCGGGGAGCCCAGUCCCCACGGGGUGCGUCCGAGGAAGGGCUUGCGGCAGAGGAGCCUGGUCUGUAAUCCUGGCACUUGUGCCUCCGGUCGCUGCCUGCCGUUUGCUCCUGGGGGUCUGGAUAAUCUCCCUUGGCUCUACGGCACUGUCUGGCCCGCGCACAGGGCCCCCGUAACAUAUACCCGCUGCCGCGAUCACAGGGAGCUGUGGCGUUGCCACUGAAUGGAUGGCACUGUGCCAACUCCGCUGCCAUCCGCCCUUGCAGCUCUUUUCCUCCCUCCUCCCUCCCGCUCUCCCCUCCUCCUCCUCCUCCCGUCGACUUGAUGUUAAUUAACACACGGGUUAAUUGAUUUUAAAAGCUGAAGAAUUACAGUUAACUUUUCCCACAGGGUACGGACGCCAGCCGCCUGGCACGGCUCUGCCUCGCGCGGGUGCAGGGGGGCAGGGAAGAGCUCGCAGCAAAACCAGUCACUGCAGAGGGAUGGACGGAUGGCCGUCGACUGUUGGAGUGUGGCUGGGGUGGCUGACAAUCCUGCCUCAUCCUCUGGACAUGUCAACACUGUAUUUUGCUACAAACAAUCAACGUGACACCUCCUCUCGCCUCUCCCACCCACCCUCCUUUCAGGAUGAGUGCUGUCGAAGUUUCAGCAGGGAAGCUUUCCCCCCAAAGUCCCACCAGAGUCCAGGAAUGUCUCGCACCACAGGACUGCCCAGCCCGAGCACUCUGCACGAUGGCGAGGGGCAUCAGAGGGCCCCCGGCCCUCAUGGGCUCAUCCCACCUGCCAGGUUUCAGUUCCCCUUAUCGGCUCCAACGUGUCACUUGGGAUGAAGCAUCACAACCAUGGGAAAGUUUGUUUGUUGUAAUUACUAAAGAAAUAACCCAUGUGGGGGCUUUGUUUUUUCGCCCUCCCUCGCCCCAGCGUGCUGCCGGUGAGGGUGACGGUGUGGCGGGAGGAGGCGCAGCGACGCUGGGAACUUGCUGCUUUCACCUUCCCGUGCUUUCAUUUUAUUUCGUUUUUUAAAAGCAUGAAGCAAGUGAAGCGACGAGAGGAAUCCAUUAUGCAAAUCAGGUCACAUUUGCAUAAUGUCUCAUGACUGGAAUAUGCAAAUUAGUUGUAUAAUUUAUGAGUGCCAGUGACUGUCUAAAAGUGUUUCCCAGAAUUUAUAAAAACUGCGGCGUGGGGAGGCAGCUGCCGGCUGCCCUGCCAGGAGGGUCCACCCUUGCUUUGCAAAGUCUGCCUGAGCCCAGCAGCCCAAACACUCAGGAAUAAGAACUGAUCCCGCUUCCCAUCCUGUCCUCUUGCUUUAUUUUCUGUUUCUCCCUCUGCCAAGUCCUCACCUGCUCCCCUCAAACUUCUCUGAGGGUGUGAGGCUGGAGCAUGGGGCUGGAUGGCUGGGCAGUCCCGCAGGUGGAUCAACCAGGGCUCGCUCAGGUCCCUCAGGGCUCUCCCCAGCUGCAGAGCCCCUGUGCCGUCAGGUAAGCGAGCUCAUGGGCACGGUGCAUCAGAGAGCUGUCUCGAGCCUCUGCCUCUACCGACCAGCACAGUGGGAUUCCUGCUGGUUUGCCGUGUGCCACGUCCAGCUCCUGCUUGGAUCCGAGCCCCAAGACCUUGGGGAGAGCUACGAGGUCAGCACAGGGCUGGCACUGCCAGCGGAGGGACCCUGAGUGUCAUUCCCAGGGCCGCAGCGCUCGGCAUCAGCACUGGAAAGGUCUCUGGAAUAUCUGGACGUGCACGACAGGUAUCAAGAUUUUGUCUUUUUUUUUCCUAUUUCUCUGAGUGUCUAGUGAUCUGGGGAGCACCAGGAGGAUGCAGGUGGGCUCUUGGAUGAAGCAUCACAUGGGAUGCCACUGCCCUGAGCUGCCUGCAUGGGGAGAGGGUAAAUGGAAAGUUGUGUGGGUCAUAGCCUGCCUGCUCCAGGCAGCAUCCAGUGAGGAGCAGCGGGAUGGGAGAGCCCAGGGGUUGGGGCAGCUCACCAUUGGCCUUCCUCAGCUCUGGAAGGUCCCCAAAAGGGCUUUUGGGCAAGAAAGUGUGAUUUGCUGUUCUUGAGAGUCUGCAUUUCACUUGUAAAACCCAGAUGUGUUUAUCUCACUGGUUCCAAAUCACUUUUGGUGUUAGUUACCUCUAAAGUGACAAAUGUCACACUUAUCAGUUUCAAAACACUGUGUCUGUGUGUUUGGUUUGUUUAGUGCAUGCAGCUCCAGGCUGUGACAGUAAGUCUUACUGAGUGUCUCCAGGACAAAGAAGUGAGUUCAUAAACUGUGCUUUUACCUGUGAGUGGGGAGUUCUGUUGUGGGAAUAUGAAGGGACCCUCUGCAUCAGGCACAAGGUACAAACUGGCAUUUACUCUGUGUGACACCAGUGAGAGGCAGCAGCACAGCCAGACUCUGAAGCAUCUUUUGCUUGUCGUUGCUCAGGUUUGGUGCCUGCCCCCACACUGUGGGGUGACCAUUCCCCCAACUCCAAGGGGUCACUCUCCCUGUACUGGUCCUUGACGGCACAGAGAAGUAGCUGAGUCUGACCAGGAGACAGUGCAGGACCAGGGCCACUGGGAACAACUGGUGUGUCCUGCUGGAGACAGGGUUCUUUGUGCAGGGCAGGAAGGGCCGAGGGCAGUGGGAAGGAGUGGGAUGGUGGCCCUGAGGAAUGUCCCAUGGCUCCAUGAUUAGUGGCCCUGCAGUGUCAGGGGUCAGGGAUGUGUUUAACCUCAAGGCAAACCACCCUACUUUGCUUGUCACAAAGGCUCCUGCAGGCUGGAAAGGAGAGGAGAAUGUCUGCUUAUCUGUUGUGGUGUAGCAUCAGCAGAUUCUGCACUGUGACUGAUGCUGGUUCUCCAGAUGGGGACAGGGAUGGGCAGACUGGCAGGGCUGGCCAACAGCAAGCCUGGGCCAUGGGUGGGAGGAGGAACUCGGGCUGUGGGGCAAUUUGCAGGUGCCAGAGGGGACUCAAUGUCUGCUUGGGGAGAGCCCACAGCUCCGUACAGAGCUGCCUCACUGUGCUCUGGGCUGUGCAGGUGGCUGGUCCUGAUCCCCUCCUCAUACCGUGUGUUGCAUGGGGAGCUGGUCCCAGUCCCCCUUGUGCUCUGGGCUGUGUGGUGUGGUGGUCCUGGUCCCCCUCCUCGCACUCUAGGUUGUUUUCUGAUAUUUUUAUCAAACCACCAGAACUCCUGAAUGUUCUCUUGGGGUUUUGAUAUUGCACAAAGGACUUGCAAAUGUCCUGAGCUUUGUAUUUAGGGGUGAAACAGUUUCUUAGGGGUGAAGGAAAGCUCAUCCAGAACAUGCACUGAAACCUCCAUAUCUGCCAGACAAGAUAGUCUUGUCUCCAUAGGUCAGCAACAAGGGACAGUGCAUGGGGAAUCCCUCACACAGACCUGCUCAUUCAUGGUUUGAGUUUCUACUGAGGUGGUACCUUUUUGUCAGCUGAACAGAGUGUUCCUGACAGACCCCUGUUGCUCUCCUGCGGUGUUCUCCUGUGGUUACUCACCAGCGGCAUUGGAAGAAUUCUCUGUAGGUCCGUCCUUGGGACUUCCUGGGGCCUUUGCUUGCAGGACUUGCUCUUUUUCUCUUGAUGAGCUGGAUGCUCAAGAGCAGAGGAUCUAUCAACUGCAGACCAAGCAGAGGGAGAGGCAGGCAGAACUGGAGCAGAAAUGCAGCCGGACGAGCAGCUCAGCCAGGACCUGGGGGCCAGCCACCAGCUGCAGGAGGGAGCCUGGAGCAGGGCCAAAGGCAAUCGCUGGUGCCGGAGCCACAGCCUGGGGAGCCCGGAGUAUGCCAGGACACACAGCAGCAGGAGCUGGAGCCAGCUGAGGUACUGGCCACGAUCCAGUCACUGCAGCGGGACCUGGACUUCUGCAGGGAUGUGAAUCGCAAGAGACUGGCCCAGCUGCAGCAGCAGGAGUGUGAAAUGGAGCAAGAGCAUCAGGACUUGGUCUUUCUGAUGAAGCAGUGCCAGGUGCUGAUGGACAAGGUCAGUGAUGCAUCCCUCCACCUGAAGGACCAAGCAGUGCAGACAGAGGUCACCUCCAACGCGGCUGCCCACAGCCAUUCUGUCACCAGCCACGAUAUCCCAGUGGAGAGCAGAAAGCUCCUCGAGCAGCUGGGGACACAGGCGCAGAGUCAGGACCUGCAGCACAGCCCGGCUCAGCUGCAGCAGCAGUUUGGAGGCACCGAGGCCCAGAAGCAGCAGAGUCUGCAGCAGCUGAGCGGAGCCAAGGAGACCAUCCAAGGCCCACAUCAAGAAGUGGUAGAGCUGCAGCAACAGCUUUGUGGGCAGGUGCAGGACACAGCUAACCUGCAGAAAGAACUGGCCCAAGCCCGGCAACAGAGCACCAAGCAGGAGAAAAAGAUUGCAGUCCACAAGACACAGAGCCAGCAGCUCCAUCAGGGGCUGAGGAAGAGCUCCCAGGAGCAGAGGAAGCAAGAGGAGAGCCUGCAUGACCUGAGCAGACUAGCCCAACACUGGCAGCAGCUACAUGUGGACAGUGAGAAAGCUCUGGCUCUGCGAGAAGAGGAGCUGGUUGUCUGCAAGGUGGAGCUGGCUUUCCUUAUGGAAGAGCUCAGCAAGGUUCUCCAGGGCAACAAUCUGACAGCACUAGCCUCGCACAAUUCUGCAGAGCUGCCUCCACCCAACACUCGCCUCUGGGACAAGAAGCAGCGCAAAACAAAGCAAGGAUUAAGACUGACAACCUUUAAACAAAUAAAAUUCUUUCUGUUCUGUAGCAAAAUUAGUGCCAAGCACCAAAGCCUUCCUGGGCCAAAAGCUGUAGAGAUCUCACAGAAUACAGUGUAG